AGUACUCGCCAUAGAAUCCCAACAAGUGAUGGAUUUCUUUCGCAGCCAAAACCAGAAACACCCACCCAAACACAACAUAAAAAAGAGGCUAAACCCCGACCAAGUGAAGCUCCUAGAGAGAAGCUUCACCUCCAGUAACAAGCUGGAGCCGGAGCGCAAGCUUCAGCUUGCAAACCAACUCGGUGUCCCCCCGAGACAGGUUGCUAUCUGGUACCAGAACAAGCGAGCCAGGUGGAAGACCCAAAGCCUUGAGCUUGACUACAACGUGCUUCAACAAAAGCUAGAAAACGCAAUAUUUGAAAAAAGGCUGCUCGAGAAAGACGUGGAGCGGCUUAAAGGAGAGUUGGAGAAAGCACAAGAAAUGGUUAUUGCUCUGAAGCAAACAGGAGGCACUGAUCAGGUUUGUCGUAAUUCUGUUUCGUUUGAAGAGGCUGCAAGAAGCUCAAGUUUGAAGGAGGGUAUGAAUUGUUCGGCAGAGAAUUCGAAAGGCGAGGAGGAGGUUUUCCCAGUACUCGAGGACCUCUAUGCAUGUUUGAUUGGUGUAGAUGGCACAAGCUGGGAUUAAUAAUUAAGUGGCCGGGCGGGUGUACGCAUGAGCAAGAAAUGUUUUUGGAUAUUUUGGUUAGAAAAGCAAGCGUCGACGUCCCUUAAUUUUGGGCGUACUGUUUGAACCCCAAGAUAACAGAUCUCCGCGCGUCCUCGCGUGGGCGGUAAGAUCCAAAAGUAGACUAGCUAGGAAUAAUAUUGCAUGUUUGAGUGAGAAUGAUCAUGACUUCCAAGUGAUCAUCAAAACUGAUCUAUUCAGGCGUACUGAUCAUAAACGAUCUGAUGUGCGCAUAUAUAGUGUAUUAAUUAUUAUUAACUAUCUACUUAAUUAUAAUGUGAUCGAUCUUGAUCCAUCAAUAUGUAUGUGUAUAUAUAUAUAUAUAUAUAUAUAUAUAUAUCUUGAAUUU